AUUUAAUUGGGCUGGUGGUGGGAUUAGAUGCCGUCCUCUUUUUUUUCACCGAAAAGGGAAGCCAAGUCACCAGUAAGUUCUGCACUCCUGCCCCCAUUUUCAUCCUUCUGCUCAACCCUGUCCUUUAUUAUCCCACAGAGCACGCAAAGCAGCGAUCUGCAAUCCAUUGACAGAGAGAAGGAGAGGGAGAGUAGGGGUUAACUUCCCCAAUAAUUCCGUCUUCUUCACUGAGAACCAAGUUCAGCAAAAUGGGCUCCAGACACACCAGCGAAACAAACGGGAGCUAUUCGAAAGACUCCUCCUCCUCCAAGGCAUCAUUUAAAGGCUGUUUCUGUUGCCUCUUCCUCUUCGUGAUCCUGAUUCUCCUCAUUAUCAUUGCCGCCUGUCUCGUUAUUGUCCUCGUUCUCAAGCCUGAGAAGCCCCAAAUUGAUCUCAAACAGGUCACCGUCCAGAUCGUCGGCCUCUCCCCCAUCCCCGCAGUUGACCUAGCUUCCUCCGCUGACGUCGCCGCCGACGUCGCCGCCGCCGCCGCAUCUUCCACCCCCAUCCGUAUCACCAUGGUCUUCGCCGUGAAGAACGACAACAAGCUAGGAAUCAAGUUCACCGAAACCAAGUUCAAUGUCAUGUACAACAGGAUUCCCCUCGGUGACGGCUCCGUCCCCGAAUUCUACAUGUCUGCUUAUAGUACCCGAAGCGUCGUUACAGUUAUCGUCGUUAAUCGGUCCAGCCUGCUUCAAAUUGAUGGAGGUGCUUUGCUCCGAGACGCUGCAAUUUCCGACCAGAUUGCUUUGCGGGUCACUGGAAUCCCUGGAGCCAAAAUCGUUCUUGUCGGCGGGAUCAGUUCACCCGAGGUCCAGGUGGCGGUGGAUUGCAGUAUUACCAUCAGCCCAAGAAAACAAGCAGUCAUAAACCAGAGUUGUUCAUUUGAUGGGGUAGGGGUAUGAGGAUACAGAUCUGAGAGAUCCUUGAGUAGUUUGAUGUCAAAGAAAAGAAUUAUCAUUUGUGAACAGUCUAUUCACAAACAAAAAAAUUAACACGAAGUGCACAAAAAUGAUGUGUACAAGAAGUAGGGCUGGAUGUCAAAGGGCAACCAAACUCAAGAUGCAUCUGCGCACGUUCUGCCAUGUAAGAAGUGUGUAUUUUUUUUAGAAUAUUUACUCAAGAAAUUUUGAUCCGUCUGUAUGUUGUAAUUUGUAAAGCAAGCUAGGAUAUGUGGCAAUCUGAUUCUGCCUUUAAGUGUUCAAUGCGUUAUCUGUCAAAAAAAAAAGUGUUCAAUGCGUUAGUUCCACUAAAGCUGAAAAUAUGAUGGUGCAUGUUAGUUGUGCCCCACUUUUGCUAGUUUUGUACCUCUCUUCUUACAUCACCGUGUUAGUC